CCUGUCAUCCACUUUUUGUAAUAAAUGUUUUGUAGAUAUAGGUCUACAUUUGGGCACGGUAAGCAUUUACAGUGGAAUAAAAGUGCGCGUCUACAAAGGAUAUUAUUUGUGAAAUAUUUACUAAACUGUAGGACUAGGAAUACCUAAAUCUGCAUCAGAAAAUCGCAAUGGAAAAGGUACGCAUCGUUACCAUAGUUACAAUGAGUCUGGUUGUUAUGGCAACAUGUCGAUUUGAGAGUUAUGACAUUGAGGAGAAAGCUGGAACAGUGACACAAAUCAUCCACUGGUUGAAUGAUAUAUGCGGAGCAGAGCAUGAUCAAAUUACCGGCACGGACUGGAAAACUUUCAAUACACACUUAAAGGACGGUGUUAUGUUAUGCGUAUUAAUAAACAAGUUGCUAGAAGCUGAUGGUAAAAGCCUUGUACCGAUUCAGAAGGGUGCAAAGUCACCAUUUUUUGCAGUGGAUAAUAUCAAGAACUUUAACAAAGGAUGUAUUGACUAUGGUAUGGCAGAAGAGCUUACGUUUCAAACAGGUGAUUUAUUGGAUCUUAAAAAAGACAAGUUCAUCAAUGUAUUACAUUGCCUCCACAAUCUAGGGUUGAUUGCAAACUCGAAGCGAAAUCAGCUACGGUACAGUGGGGAAAUGUCGAAUACAACAGAAAUGGAUUACUUCGCGUGAUUUUGAUCAAGUGAUCUUCAUAUUUCCAGUGACAUGAUCAAUAUAUCGCUCUGUAUUUCUGCCCUUUUUGGAUCGAUUGUCUCGCAAUCGAUCCAAAGUUAACAAUGCAGAAAUUUCCUUACUGCAAACCGAACAAAAUAGUGCGGAAAGUAGUUCCAUGCCAUAGAAUAGGUCAACCAUCAGAAUUUAAUUAUUCUGGGACGACUGUAUUUUCAGCUGUCGAACAUCCAAAACAAGAAAUUCUUAACGUAUUUUCCAAGUUUUAUUACAUACAUUUCUGAUGUGAAUUUCUGACUGCAGUGACAAAUUAAUGCGCGAAAACUAGGUCACUGACAAACCUACGAUGCCAGUUUUGUUUACAGCACAAACGGAUCCUUAGAUGUUGUUUAAAGGUUACAGCUAACCUAGAAGAGUCUUUUCUGUAGCGAUUUUGAUCGAUACAAUUUUAGUGAACUGAAAAAAAGUCCGAGAUAGCAAGGAAAACAGCUGUAGUUCGAUUCGUCUUUAAAAAGUUACCUCCCUUUGUUUCAUUUACGUCCUUUGCAUUCAUGUCAGAAAUACAUUUUUCCACGAACAAAAACAGGUUAAUAUCUCAUUCCAACUUUUCAGUCAUAAUUUUAUUGUACAACAGACAUGCUGAUUUAAUAUGUAAAUGCUCUAGACUCUGCUGUAGUUCGUUAAUAUCUGUUUAUGCAGGAUGAAGGCGUAAUUUCGCCCCAGUCAGUUCGUCCCCAAUUUUAAUGUGUUGUAAUUUGGUUAGAGAUACUACUUAAUAUACAAUUAGUACCAUGUACGUAUUAUGUACUGUAAAGCAAGUGUAUAAAGUAAUUGCUGGUAAAAUUGAUGAUUUGUUGUUAUCACGAUUUUGUGUGAAUGUGUUAUUUAUAAUUCUGAUAAUUACAAGUCAUGAGCACACUCCAUGCCUUAUUUACUAAAGCAAAGAGCUAUAAAAAUAAAUAGAUCGGCAACUUGAAAGCCAUAUAGAACAAAUCUUGCCAACAUCCUGUGACUACUGAAUGAGAUCUCGUUGUAAGCAUCUGUUGAUCACUAUUAACUGAGUGGACAAACGCUUUGAAAUUAGAUUAAUUUCGGAUGUUUGUUUACAAUGUUAAUGAUGUUAUUUUAUUGUUAUUAGUAUUUUCUACAUGGGGAAGGAAUGAACUUAUGACUGGAACUGUCUGGCAAAUCAACAGUUGAUUGUUUGAAAAAUAGACUCGAUUCGGUUUAUUAGGGCCAGGCGCACUGUUUGUUUUAUACUUCAUGAAGGUAAGCGUCUGUUGAUUUGAUCACAAUUGAUCAAGUUGGCAAACGCUUUGAAAUAAGAUAACGCGCUAACAUGCGAUGAUGCGGAAGUAUCUCCAGUGCCAUUCUUUGUAUUUUAUAGUCCUUUGACUGAAGGAAACGUUAAUUUUUUCAUCAAUCAGUUCCGAGACAAAUAUGAAUUUAAGAAAUUUUAGCAUCUGAUCAUGGUGUACAAAUUGCUAAUUAUAUAUUUUAUCAUUGGAAGUGUCUUGUCAUCUGGUAACUGGAUGUCUACUACUCACUGAGCCCGAGUUCUAGGCAUUCAGUAGUCAAACUAAUUUGACGUUGUCCUCAGAAAUAUUGAGAUAUUUUUUCAUAUGGGCAAUAUAUCCCCAAUCGCGUCAAACACUCGAAAGACCAAAAUAGUUGAAGCGAUUUCCAAUGAAACUUUCAUCGCUGCUGACACUUCACACUCCACUGGUCCAGUGCCUAAAUCCGGACACUUUUGGAGGUUUUAUGACGAUAUCUUUGCAUUCCGAAACCGCUAGUGCAUCACAUUUCAAAUGUAUAAUUUUAGGUUCUUUAUGUAGUACAACAUGCAUGUUAUAUCCAAUUUUGAGGUGUAUUUUGACCUAUGGUAAGGAUUUUUGUGUGGACUUAUAAUUUUUUUUUUAAGAUUUACUUCCCUUUGUUGUUACUACAAAUAACUUAUAUUGUAACUUUUUGCAAUCUUUUUUUUAUUUGGCAUAAUGUUUGCCUCAAUGCAACAGAGUGUCAUGUGCAGUUCCCAGUCCUUUUGACAGAGCUGACGAGCUCGACAUGUUGCCCGUGGGCAUCUAAUAUAACAGAAAUCGGUUAAAUUUCUUAAAUAAAUACUGAGGGUUGUACAGAAUUGUAAAGCAUGUUGUUACAUUUAGUUUUGAUCAACUAAGAAAAAGCGUCGUCUGCAACAGGCAUAGUACCUCAUCGCACCUCAAAUAACUGGCGUGCGCUGUAUGGCGUCAUCUCCUAAGACACACAAUGUUUACUUUUGGCGGCGUGGAUAUUUGAAGGUAAUUUUCUCUGGAAAUACUUAAAUUUACACAUUGUUAUUGACAACUGGGCAUCAAAGUGUUUGUCUGCUUCGAUCAUGUUCAUUCCAGUAAAAAAUCACGAUCCUAAGCGUUUUGUGACGGUGUCCGAAUUAUUAAGCACCGUCCGAUUUAAGGCACUGGACCAGUAUAGGUUUAAAUGCCAAUUAGUUUCACGGAAUUGGCAAUAAAUUCAAAUGCAACUUACAUUUAUCAAAAGGGGAUUGAAUUCCUGCUUGAUUUAUGUAAAAGUUAUCAAAUAAUAUUCAAAAUUACAAAUGUUCUGGUGAUUUAAACCUAUGUAUGUGCUGUACACGAUUAACAUCUACUGUUACUUCACAAGUGAAUUAGGCCUAAAAAAUUCUUUGUUUCCGGUAACAUGCUAAAAAAAAUAGGGUAGGUAAUUCGGAUUUUUUGUUUUUGUUUUUUAUUUGUCAUAGAGACUUUUUUGUUAAAAAAAUGAAAACAAAUAAGAGGGUAAUGCCUUAAGAGCAUCAGUAAGUUGAUUACCAACAUCACUGGCCAUAUUUGAAGCUUAAAAAGUGCAGUUUUGCAUCUUUUUAGCUCACCUGUCAUAUAGUGACAAGGUGAGCUUUUGUGAUCACCCUUCGUCCGUCAUCAGUCCGUGCGUGCGUGCGUCCGUCCGUCAACAAUUUCUUGUCUGCAUGAUAGUGGUUUCAUUUAUAAUUUUAUUUUAACCAAACUUGCACACAACUUGUAUCACCAUAAGAUCACGGUUCCUUUCUUGAACUGGCCAGAUCCCAUUAUGGGUUCUAGAGUUAUGGACCCUGAAAGAGCCAAAAUUAGCUAAUUUGACCUUGUCUGCACAAUAGCAACUUAAUUUAUGAUUUGAUUUUUACCAAACUGGCACAUAACUUGUAUCACCAUAAGAUCUUGGUUCCUUUCUUGAACUGGCCAGGUUCCGUUAUGGGUUCCAGAGUUAUGGCCCCUGAAAAGGCCAGAAUUAGCUAUUUUGACCUUGUCUGCACAAUAGCAGCGUCAUUUAUGAUUUUAUUUUAACCAAACUUGCACACAACUUGUAUCACCAUAAGAUCUCGGUUCCUUUCUUGAACUGGCGAGAUUCCGUUAUGGGUUCCAGAGUGAUGGCCCCUGAAAGGGCCAGAAUUAGCUAUUUUGACCUUGUCUGCACAAUAGCAGCUUCAUUUAUGAUUUGAAUUUAAUCAAAGAAUUAUAAAAUAAACAUAUCGGCAACUUGAAAGGCAUAUAGAGCAAAUCUCGCCAACAUCCCGUGACAACUGAAUGAGAUCUCGUUGUAAGCGUCUGUUGAUCAUGAUUGAUCAAGUCAGCAAACACUUUGAAAUAAGGUUACUUUCGGAUCAUUUGUUUAUCAUGAUAAUAGUGCAUUUUUAAUGUUAUUAGUAUUUUCUACACGGGGAAGGAAUGAAUUUAUGAUUGAAAGCCUGAGAAAUCAACAGUUUUUAUUUGAAAAAGGACUCAAAUUGGUUUAUUACGUGCCGGGCGUACCACCAGUUUUAUACUUCUGUAAGCGUCUGUUGAUUUGAUCAUGAUUGAUCAAGUCUGCAAACGCUUUGCAUAAAAAGUGACUAAAAAGGAAAUGUAAAAACUAUAGUGUAACACUCACACAUUUUUAUCAGUAUGUUUAUUUUUUCCAAAUUUGAAUCACGUGAGUAUUAUAGCUGCUAAGACAAAAAGUACGUUUAACAUAAUAUUACCUGUUGUGCAAGCUUUGAAUUUUCAGUUCAGUUUUGUUAAAAUCUACUUCUCAGUUACCAUUCAAGAUACUGCUGUGAUAGGUCAUAGGAUGGUGAAAUAUGAUUACUGAAUGCAAAAGGCAAGUCGUCCAUUCCUAUAUCAAAAGUGAAGUUCACAAAUAUGGUUUAAUGUCAAACUUCGUGUGCAUUUAUACACUAAAGGUUCCCCUGAUAUUUACACAUAAUGUGUACAAUCUGUGUUGUUCAGAGACAAUCGAUCCUACAGUACUUUCAGUGCUUUGAUUAUACCUUCAGUUACAUAUUUUUAUCAGCUGCACUUUUUUGCAACUACAUCAAGAUGUAAACAAUUUUGUGAUGUUCUGUCUAGUAUUUUAAUUUGUUUCGUUUCCGUAGAAGCUGCUGUUUCUAAUUAACCCUUUAUACUAUCUGUUUUUGUUAACCGACCUUUCAUGUUAAUUAAAUUGCUUACAAAAAAAAAAUAUUCAUUUCAUCA